GGCGCUCCGCCGAGUUCCCGCGGUCUCCACGGGAGGGCGGCGGGGGUGGCGUUCUUUGAAGUCAAAAGGAGGGUUGGGCGCCAUGUGGCUGCUCCGGCGCCCAGGCCUUCUUCGUGGGAUAUGCUGCCGAUCCGCUGCUUGCCAGUUAAGAAAAUCUCUCUCGUCGGCCCUGGAGGAGUUGGAAACAAAAUCAGAAGCAAAGCUUCAAAAGCAAGUAUGUCAAGUUGUUCUCAAUCAUUUUGAGAAACAGUACUCCAAGGAGUUGGGAGAAGCAUGGAAUUCAGUCAGGAAAGUGCUCACAACACCGCAGUGUUGGCAAUAUGCUGUUCUCCUGAAUCCAUUCCGUUUCUCCUCUGAAGUGGAGAAUGACUUGCUUUCAAAGGGUUAUCGACUUCUUUUCCCAGAAUCCUCAUCCUGUUUUCGGCAGUCUUUCAAGUGUUACAUCACUAGUGCUCCUGGUAGAUUCCCUGCUCAGAAACACAGAGCUGGCAGACUGAAGGAAUAUUACCUACUGAAUGCAGCCUCUAUUUUGGCAGUGUUGGCUCUGGACGUAGAGAGUGGGGAGAAGGUUUUGGAUAUGUGUGCUGCUCCAGGGGGUAAAUCAGUAGCAACGCUUCAGUAUGCUUGGCCAGGUCUUCUGCAAUCCAAUGAAUAUGAUAAUUUGAGGUCAAAUUGGCUGAGGAAUACUCUAGAAUCUUUCAUCCCAGAAUCUUUGAUGAAUCUAGUUAUCAUUUCUCAGUUGGAUGGAAGGCAAAUUGGAAAUCUCCAGCCUGAAAGAUUUGAUAAGGUAUUAGUGGAUGCCCCAUGUUCAAAUGACAGAAGUUGGUUAUUCUCUUCUGAUACCCAGCAGGCUACCGUAAGGUUAGCACAGAGGAAGGAAUUAUCUGCUGUACAGAUACAGCUGCUAAGGUCUGCGAUCAAGGCCUUGCGCCCAGGAGGAUCUCUGGUUUAUUCCACAUGUACUCUUUCUAAGGCAGAGAACAGUGAGGUUGUAACUCACAUCCUUAACACCUGCAGCAAUGUUCUGCCUGUGGAUAUAAGUGCCCUAGCCACAUCUGCUUCCAAAGAAUUCACUCUUGCUUCAGAUGUCCAGCAGCAUGAACUUCUAAUACUUCCAGAAAUGGGAAGAGCAUGGGGUCCAAUGUACAUAUCUAAACUAAAGAAAUGUUGACACACAUGGUUUCUUGUGUGAUUUUUGUAAGUCAUAUUGACAGAUGCUUUUUAGAAGAUAAAACUUUUAUUUAUUUCUUUAGUGGUUAACUUUUCACCUCAAUUUUUCACUAUGUAAUUUGAAUAAAUGAGAUACUGUC